GUGACCGCUAACGGCUGAGGAGUUUAAACCCGAGUGUGGACCGCGGGCGCCGAGCUCAGGGAGCUGGGUGCUGGUCCUCUCACGCGGAGAAGGCGUGAUGGAGUACCCAGUGAUGGAAACUGGCUCACUUUUUCCUUCAGGAGUCAAGAGACAUGGGAAAGACAAAAGAAUUUCAAAGACUGCUAAGUUGAAUGUUUCUCUUGCUUCCAAAAUCAAAACAAAAAUAAUAAACAAUUCUUCUAUUUUCAAAAUUUCUUUAAAGCACAACAACAGGGCAUUAGCUCAGGCUCUUAGUAGAGAGAAAGAGAAUUCUCGAAGAAUUACAACUGAAAUGAUGCUGUUGCAAAAAGAAGUGGAGAAACUGAAUUUCGAGAACACAUUUCUUCGCCUAAAGCUAAAUAAUUUGAAUAAGAAGCUUAUAGAAAUAGAAGCACUCAUGAACAAUAACUUGAUAACUGCAAUUGAAAUGAGCACUCUUUCUGAGUUCCAUCAGAGUUCCUUUCUACUGCCAGCUAGCAAGAAGAAACGGGUUAGUAAACAGUGCAAGUUGAUGCGUCUUCCGUUUGCAAGGGUUCCAUUAACUUCAAAUGAUGAUGAUGAUGAUGAUAAAGAGAAAAUGCAACGUGACGACAAUAUUAUAUCGAAGACAUCACCUGAUAGUCCCUCUUCAGUAUCAAUGGGACAACCUUUAUCAACUCAGUACAAUUUGGAAUUGUUAUUUCUUAAAGAAAAUAAGCAGAACGUGUGUAGUUUAGGGUAUUCAGAACAUAUUUCUUCUAUUGAUAGACUUCCCCAAGGUGAGAUUUUCAAAUUCAUUUUGAAAAGCCACUCAGACCAAAGUUCCAGGAAUUCUCUAAUGAGUGAGAUAAGGAACGUACAAUCAAUCAGCCACAGAAAGGAGAAACCAUCUCUUAGUAACGUGACUGAAAGAAAAAAACAUGUGUCAUCUUGGGAAUCAAAUAAUCUUGCAGACACUCCCUGUGUGACAGGUUUAGAUCAACAACAGAUUUCAAGUCCAGGAUUAACUCAGAAUAAUGAGAUAAAUGAUCCUACUAAUGAAACGAAUAUUAAAAUGCAAAGAAACAUGCAGUGCCUGCCUGACACCUCUGAGUCUGGAGGUGAACCUGCUGCAGAGAGCGUGAAUCAAGUUCAGGGUAAUGGUGACCUUCAGUUGCAGAAAACUGUGUAUGAUGCUGACAUGGAUUUAACUGCAAGUGAAGUAAGCAAAAUUGUUACAGUUUCAGCAGGCACUAAAAAUAAAAGUAAUAAAAAACCAAAUGAUACUGGAAUGAAAACUUUCAGAAAAGUGAAAAAUUCAAGCUCUGAAAAAAAGAAAGAAAGAUCAAAGAGACAAUUUAAAAAUACUUCAGAUGUGGAUAUUGAGGAAAAGACUGAAAACAGACCAGAAAGAAGAUCUGUUGUCUUGGAUGGCAAAGGGGAUUCAGAAGAUCCAAAUUUUAUGUUCAGUACUGAACACCUGACUCAGUUGAAAAUCCUGAAGAAGAUAACACUUCGUAAUGGCUUUGAUCAAGAUGACAGACAAAGUACACAGUAUAAUAAAAAAAAUAAAAGAAUAUGUGGAACAGAUGAGCGAGAAGAAACAUACUUGUUCUCCCAAAGUUCAGAUAAAUUCCAACAGGAGAUUAAAUUUGAUAUUGGUCAGAGUUCCCUAGCUUGUAAUAAAGGUAAAGCUUCUAGACAGACAUUUGUGAUUUAUAAUUUAGAAAAAGGUAACUUAUUCCCAAACCAAAAGGAUAAAGAAACCAUUUCUGAAAACCUAGAAGUCACAAAUGAAUUUCAAACAGCUGAUCUUUCCACCAGGGAUAAUGGAAAUUUACAUGACUAUGAGAGUCACAAUAUGUUGGAUUUGAAAAAGCAUGUCACUGAUUCGCAACCUGCUAAGCAAAAUCAAUCAAAAAUUAACAAGAAGCUUAGACAGAAAGUAAAUCGGAAGACAGAAAUAAUUUCUGAAACGAACCAGUUAUAUGGGGAUAAUGCUAAAGAUGCAUGUGGCCUAGAAAAAGAUAACAUAUUCUUGCAAACCGUGGAAGAUAAAGAAAUCAUCUCUGGAAGCCAAGAAGUUUCUAAAGACUUUCAAAUACCUGCUCUUUCCACCAGCGAUACUGGAAACCUUUGUGAUCGUGAGACCCAGGAUGAGGUAGGUUUAGAAAAGUGGGUGACCAAUGUGUACCCUCUUCAGCAAAAUGAAUCAAAAGUUAAUAAGCUUAGGCAGAAAGUUAAUCGAAAGACAGAAAUAAUUUCUGAAAUGAAUUAUUUAGAUGAUGACAAUAGUAUGCAUUGCCAAAAAAACGAUAACUCUUUCUUCCUAACCCAGAAGGAUAAAGCAGUCAUCCCUGAAAACCAAGAAGACCCAAGCGAGUUCACAACACCUGCUCUUUUCACCAAAGAUAGUGGAAACCCAUAUGAUUUCGAGAGUCAAGAUGUUUCGAGGGUGAAAAAGCCUGUCCAUGAUUUGCAGCCCGCUUGUCAAAAUCAAUCAGAAAUAGAUAAGAAGCUUCGGCAAAAGGUAUAUCACAAGGCAGAAAAAGUUUCUGAAAUCAACCAAAUCUAUGAGAAUAAUGACAAAGGCAUACAUGACCCAGAAAAAGGUAACUUGUUUUCUCUAACCCAAAAGGGUAAAGAAAUCAUCCCUAUGAACCUAGAAGACUCAAAUGAGUUUCAAAUAGCUGAUCCUUCCACCAGAGAUGAUGGGAACCUAUGUGAUUAUGAGACUCAAAACAUUUUGGGAGUGAAAAAGCAUGUGACUGAUAUGCCACCUGCAAAGCAGAAUAAAUCGAAAAUAAAGAAGAGUCUCAGGCAGAAAGUAAGUCGGAAGACAGAAAUAAUUUUGGAAAUGAACCAGAUAAAUGGGUUUAAGAACAAAGGUGUGCAUGACGUAGAGAAAGAUAACUUCUUUUCCCUAACCCAAGAGGAGAAAGAAACCAUUUCUGAAAACAUGGACGUAACAGAUGAAUUUAAAACAGCUUAUAUUUCCACCAAAGAUAAUGGAAAUUUAUACAAGUAUGAGACCCAGAAAAUGUUGGAUAUGAAAAAGCAUGCCACUGAUAUGCAAUCUGCUCAGCAAAAAGAAUCAAAAACAAAUAAGAAAAUUAGGCAGAAAGUAAAUCGGAAGACAGAAAUAAUUUCUGAAACUUUCCAAAUACAUGAGGGUAAUGAUAAAGUUGUGUCUGGCCAAGAAAGCUAUACCAAAGAUCUUGGUCUUAAAAUAGGUAAAUCAAAACAAAGACUUGAAUGCCAAGGUAUUAUCGGUGGAGACUGUACAGAAAUCAAGAGUAAUGAAAAGGAAAAUUGUGAUCAAAUUUCCAAUCCUUACAAACUUGUUCAAAAGCAUGGGAAAGAAUUAUCAGGCAAGGCAAAGAACAUUUUAGCAAAAAGUGAAAACAAACCUAUUUUGAAGUUAACAGAUUCUUCAGAAACAUGUAUGUCCUUAGAAUCAGGUUCAAAACAUGUUCCUAAUGAAGCCGAUUCUGAUCCUGAAAACCACAUGGAACCACGUGAGAAUCCAAAGCAAAUAACUACAGCUCUGAAUAGAAAGAGAGAGAUCCCCUCUGUGGGAGUGAUAACAGAAGGAGGGUGCCAGGCCAAAGUAGUCAGUAAAAUGACAUCCAGAUCCAAAAGGAAGACCUUCAGAGAGCCUUCUCCAGACGGCCAUAAAGUAAUGGACACCCUUCAGGGAGUAUCAGUUGAAUCUGAACAAGCUGAUAAGGAAACAAAUUUGGAAAAUGAGAAAAUUGUCCCAAUUAAGCCAGACUCUUACCCAAAGGUAUUUACAUCUUUAUCUCAGAUAUAUUCACCUAACAUCCAAGAGUCUUCCUGUAACAGUGUUCCUGAGAGUUCAAUACCUUUGAGUGUUUCUUCUAGUAAAAAUCUGGUAAUUAGAGAGAAUUUUGCUCUGGAGAGCUCACGGAUCCUUCAAGUAAGUGAUGAUGUGCGUGAGAAGAUGGAAGGGAUGAAAUUUAAAGUCAACCAGAGAACACAAAAAUCAGGAAUAGGUGAUAGAAUACUACAGGACUUGACAAAUACCAAUUUUCUUUCAAAUAACGCUGGUAAAUCCGAAAAUAAGUCAGAAGAUCUAUCUUCAGAGCCACCAAGCCGAAGAAGAAGGUGUACUCCUCUCUAUUUAAAAGAGCCAAGUCUCAAAAGGAAGAUGAGAAGAUAAGGUGAAUUUAUGGCUUCUGCUUUUUCUGAAUUCUCAAAUCAUAACCUGUCGAAACAGAGAUAUAACUAGGAUCAAGAAGAUGAAAUGCAUGUUGAAAAGUUUUAGGGUUUUUUUCAUUUUCUGACUUUUCAUAGAGUGUUGAUUAUCCAUUCUUAUGUUUAGAUAUAUGUGCAUAAAAUAGCUGUUCUGUAAUAUUAAACUUUUAAAGUCAUUUUGGUCAUCCUGUAACUUAU